CAGAGCCGCCCGAGUCUUUCAGUUCCCUGUUCCGAAGGAUGCCUCUACUCACCCUGGCUUCUCCACCCGCUCGUGUCCUGCUCAACUUCACAAACAUAGAGAUGUGUGCCCGUGAGUGUGUGCGCCAGUCUGACUUUGACUGUCAGUCCUUCGACGUGGACAACCAGAGGCGAGUGUGUGCUCUGUACAACGCCACGCACGAUGAUGGGAGGGCUUUUCUCCAAGAGUCGGAGCAUGUUGACCAUUACAGAACCGCCUUUGAGAAGCUCUUCCAUCGUCUGCCCAACCAUGUUCUGACUGUCAAACACAAGCGCAAGAUCCCGGACAUCAGCGCUGAACAGUGCGCGCGCAGGUGUGUCUUCGAGCAGAACUUCCGGUGCGCAGGUUUCGACUACGAGCCCGGCUACGCCAACUGCUGGCUCACUGACCUCACCGUGGCGCAAAGUGCAGGGGUCAAGUUCCACUCGGGGGCCGACUUCUACGAAAGAGAUUUUGGUGGAGCCCUGUCCAAUUUCAUCAGCUAUGGAUCUGGAUCUCUGCCAUAUGUGGACGACCGUCCCAUCUACAGCAAGACAAUGUACGGUCUGGACUUGGGGGCUUGUGCUCAGGUAAGCUCACCGCAUCUAUAAUUUAUUGCAUAUAACCUGUUUGACUGUUCUAGGCACAGAAAGCGAUCUUU